GUGACACUUGACACAACACACUUCUUGAGCCACGAGCCAUGACGCAAAGUCAUGCCAGGAGGAUCUCCCACGCAAAGCGCUGCAUCCUGGCCCUCGUGGCUGGAGUGUCAGCCCUGAGUUUCUGCUCGGCGAAAGGAAUCCGCUCGAGGACACCCGGCAUUGUGCGGCAGGCCACUGCAGCUGACUGGGCAUCUGAUUGGUUGACUCAGGAGUUAACCAAGAGCCCCGUCCUGCUGAUUUCGGCGGAGGGCGCGGGCUUGCAGGAGGCGAAGCAAAGCUUGGGCCGCGCCGGGGUGCGCUACGAUGUGGUGGAUUUGGACCGCCUGGGAUCCAUGACCCCUGCGCUGCUGCAAGCGCUGGAAGCGCAGAGGCCUGCGACGGCGCCGUAUCUCUUCGUGGGCGGCGAGCUGCUGCCUUCGAACUUCACGCUGGAGAGCGAGGAGUGGCUGCAGAAGGCCUGCCACCAAGCUGGCGCCGACUUCCUGGAGCCUGACGAGAGUACCAACCUCACAUGGACAGUGCGCAGCGGAGCCAGAUGGCUACCACCAAAGAACGUGGGCGGCCGGCGGUGGUAUCAGGACGAAGCAGGGAUGGCCAAGUACGAGGAGGAGCACGCAGACCCGGCUAGGAACUUGUACAACGAGCUGAUGUCCGGCCCAGGUGGCGGGACAGCGUUGCGCAGCCGCAUCUCCAACGCUGGCCAACAGCUGCUGAGAGUUGAAGCCAAGCUGGACGAGCCAGACAAGUACGGCGUAAAGAAGUCCUAUCCCUCCUGGGGCCGAGUUGACUUACUCCUCGGGAACGUUGACGGCUUCACCAACUAUUUGCGUUCUCGGGACACUGACCGAGUCAGGCAAGCGAAACGAGGAGAGCUUGAACCUGAUCCGACCACGGCCGGACUUUCCCAGGACACCUUGAUCUGGGUGUUCAGCUUGGGGCGCAAGAAGUUGAUGGACGAGCUGGACUCACGCCAGUGCCACCACAAAGUCAUCUCCUGCAUAGACGUGCAGAGCUUGCGCGAGGCACUGCUAGAGGAGUUGCAGAAGGAGGAGGCCUACAGCCCCACCCGGCAGGGAGUGAGACCAGGAGUCAUCCAGAGCCUGACGGCCGAGCAGCUGAAGAAAGAGCGAGAAGCGGACACGAACGUGCCACUCCUCACAGUCUUCGUGGAUGAGAAGAGCCCCCGGUACCUGAAGUUCAGGGACGAGCUCCAAGCUGCAGCAAGUUUGCUGCUGCGGGCCAUUCGAAUCGUGGUGGUCGACGCCAUGGCCAACCCAUCCGUGGUGAAGGAGUUUGCCACGGUGCGCUUCCCGACGCUGAUCUGGAUGCUUCCCGGCGGAGGUGCCGAGUUGUCCCGCGAGAUUGGGGUGUUUCCUGCGAGCUCCAUUGUGGACCGGACCCGUGCCCUGGUCAGACUGAAGGAGCUUCCCGAGGCCGAGGUCAAAGCGCUGGCGGAAGUGGGGCUUUCCAGGAAGUUCCGCAAGGCCAACUUUGGGCGGCCGCAUCCGCAGAAGUCCGCCUCGGUGAGGUCCAUCCAGGGCCACUCCAAGGGAUUCUGGCGCCACGGGCGGUUUCAGGAGAACGUCCGCACACUCUGGUAUGCGCUCAAUGGUCCGUAUGGCGAUGCUGCCCUGGCAAUUACCAUGGCAGAAGUUGACUCGGAGACGGAGGAGAUCCUGAUGCGGUUCCGGGCCGCGCUUCUGGCGCGGGCGCUGGAGCUGGGCUUCCCCAAGAAGUACAGCAGCACCGAAGUUCCGGAUCUGGUGGCUGCGGCGAUGCUCCGUGUCCUGGACCUGGAUCGCUCCUACAGGCUGUCGCGUCACGAGUUCUGCUGCGCAGUGGUGGUGCAGAAGCUUGCGCCGCCGGCAGAGGCUCCGCAUCUUUUCGAGAUGCUGUGCCAUGGGCAAUCAGGCAUGUGUGGGCAAUUCCACCACGCAGCCAAUACCGCUGUCAAGGUGGAUGCUUUGAAGUGGCUCUACACGGUGGCCGCGCGGCCCGAGGAUCUGGAGGCGCUGGCAGCCGAAGGCAAGGCGAAAGACGAAGCGGAGAAAGGCUCCGGCAAGGGCAAGGACGCCAAAGGCGAGCGCGUCCAGAGAUUGCGGAGAGUGUGGACCGAGACUCCUGCCGUCUUCCAGCGACUUCGCGAGGAGCAAGAGAAGAAGGUGGAGGCGAUGUUGCGGCAGAAGGCUUCCCCGGAGCCACCGGACUCGCCCAGGCCAGUCGCCCACGGCGCGCCGAUCCACUUGUCCCUCUACGAGGACGCCGUGCGUCGGGAGACUGCUCGGCGGGAGGCCUCGGAGCCUCCGUCCAUCAAGCCUGCACGGACUCACGACCCCGAGUACAUUGAUCGACUGGCACAGAAGCCUGCGACCAAAGAGGUGGAAGAGGUGGCAACCUCCAAGCGACCUGUCAAUCGCAGCCGAUUGACCCAGCUGGUGGAUGAGCGCCGUCUUUGGCACGAAGAUCGGGAGCGGCAAAGGCAAGCCAAGAUUGACGUAGAGAUGAAGGAGUGGGAGCAAGCGGCUGCCCAGCUAAGAGAGGAGGUGGCGAGGAAGUCGAAGGUCGCGAUGGCGGUGAAGAAAUGGAGGCAGAUGCUGGCGCAGGUGGUCAUCGUGGCUGCUUUUGCCCCAGGGCUGAAGGCACCAGGAGCCGCAGGCGACGAUGGAGGAGUUUGGCAGCUGCUGGCGCUGGCAGCUGGAAGCACCAAGGUACACUUGCGACUUGCGGAUGAGGAGCUCGUGUCAGGUGUCAAAGAUAGAGCUCGCAUCACGAUGGCGGCGAGGAUGAAGCUUCUGGUGCGUUUCAAGCAGGUGGAGGAACACUGGGGCUGCGGUUUGGACGAACUCCUCCAGGACUUGAGCCCAGAUGAGCCUCGCCACGGCUUGGAUGGGCAGAUGAAGUCCGGCGCUCCCUUCCAUGGGCCUAGCCAGAAGGCCGUGGCUGGGCCGCCUGUCGACCUUCCUGCGCAGUUUGUGCCCUUCGAGGCGCCGCAGCCGCGAGUGGUGCCCUUUGAGGCUCCCAGCGCGAAGGCGGGCUUGCCUUGCGAGCCGGAGCCCAAGGCCAAGGCGAAGCAGCGCAGCAAGACGCCGCCUUUAGUCAAUGAACGCAACAUGAACGGCACGCCACCUCGAAGAGGACUUGCGGCGCCGACGCAACUCGUGCCCCGGGUGCUGCCUCAGCAGCUCAGCGCUUUCGAGACCUGA